CAGAUUGUUUUGAUUUUGCUCUUGCUGGUUCGAAAUUACAUACCGCGAAUUUUCGUGGAAAUUACUGAAAAUUCCAAGGUAAGUAACCCAUCCGAAGCUGCCCGUGUACUGCGGACCCCGGAAUGACGCUAUUUCCUCAGCCACGAUGGCUUCGGCGGUGGAUCCGACGCCGGAUGAAUCCUCUACCGGUGGACAAGGCUGCCAUCUGGAAGGGACGACUCAGUAUCGUGUACAGCAUCGUGGCCUGGAACGCGCUCGGCUGGGUCGGUUACAUGAUCUACACCGGCCGGAAUGAUUGGGCCAAGUUCUACGGCUACAAGACGGAAGAGGAAGCAUCCAUGCCGCAAGCAAUAAGAUUCGCGAAGCAGCUGAGCAUGCCAAAUGCUCACGUGAUGAAGUUUUCCGGCCUCUCCAAAACGGACGAGUACGACCUGAAGGACAAUGAAGUCGUCCGACCGGAUGGUAGUCAACCGAAGGAUGUUUCGAAGUGAAUAAUGCAACUAUUCCCGACUGCAGAUUUUUCCUUUUGUAGAUAUAAAUUUUAAUGCUAUCUAAUAGGUUUACUUUGAUGAUAAAAUAAAGAAACAAAGCUAUAA